CUCCCCAAGCAUCCCCAAUUCUUCGCCAACAAAAUAUCGAUCUUUUUCUUGGCUGCGUGGUUGAGAGCUGAUAGUCUCCAUUCUAGAAAUUGUCGGGUUCAAUUGGAUCCCAACCCCACUCCUCAGGUACUCGGCGAAUCUCUGAUGAUAAUCUCCGUGUCUGUACUGUACAUGGUUCUUUGAUAUUACCAAGAGAAGAAACGAGAAUCAUCAUCACAAACAUUCAACGAGUUCCUUGUUCUUUCUUCUGAUUAUCAGGAGGUCCGCCCGCCAUCGCCAUGGGCAGCCGGUUUGUGAAUCUGUUGGCCAUGAGCUGCAACGGCGGCCCCAGACACUUCAGCCUUCACUGCUUGAACCCGGCAAACUUAUUUCGCCCAGCCCGGUCACGGCCAGCGGUUCGAGCAGUUCAUCGACGGCCAGCGGACGCCCCGCUGCCUCCGCCGUCCCUGUCAUUCGACUGGCCCUGCAGGAAGGGCGAACAGGCGUGGAUGAAUUUCAUGGCUUUCGGCCCCGGCCGGGAAAACCUCCUCGCCGUGGACCAAAUCGGCAGGAGCUUCUUGUACAACCACGACUCGCGCUUGCUCCGCACUGGGAUGCCCAAGAUGCGCAAGCCCAUUAUCGACCCCAUCUCCGUUGCCGUGGGCGACAGCCUAUACGUCAUGAGCGGCAACCCUGGCCGGCUGCCCGAUCGGGACUGCUUCCAGGCUCUCCUC